AUGGUGCUGUCAAUUCUUGCCCUAACCUUGCUGGGCCUCGGCCAGGCCCAUGGUCUUGCUCGCGACCACCCGGCCAUCUUGAAACGUGCCUGUCCCGACUACACCACCUACUCCGAGCAGCAGCAUGGCCCCUACAGCGGGGGGCCCUUGAACCUGCCCUUCCAGCGUCCCGCUGAGCAAUGCCGCACGUUCACGUCGGCCGCGGUCGAGAAAGUCAUUGAGGAUAUCACGUCCCGCCUGGUCGACAAGGACCUGGCGCAGAUCUUCCGGAAUGCCUACCCCAACACACUGGACACCACCAUCAAAUGGCACGUCCCCAACAGCACCCACUCGACUAACUCGCGCCUUACGCGCCGGGACGGUGCCGACUGGUCGGGUAUCCAAACCUUCAUCGUGACCGGCGAUAUCGACGCGGAGUGGCUCCGCGACUCGACCAACCAGCUGAUCAACUACCAGACGCUGGCCACCAAGGACAAGAGCCUGUUCACGCUCAUCCACGGCGCGAUCAACACCCAGGCCGAGUUCGUCAUCCAGUCGCCCUACUGCAAUGCCUUCCAGCCUCCCUCCGUUAGCGGGCUGGCGCCCUACAAGAACACGCAGAAGGACACCGUGCACCCGACCUACGACCCGUCCUUCGUGUAUGAAUGCAAGUACGAGCUGGACUCGCUCGCCCACUUCCUAAAGCUGGGCAACACCUUCUACGAGACCACGGGCACGACCAACUUCCUGUCCGAUCGCUGGUUCCUGGCGCUGCAGACCGUCCUGAACGCCAUCGACGCCCAGUCGCAGCCCACCUUCAACGCCGACGGCCAGUACGUCGAGAACGAGUACACGUUCCAGCGUGAGACCACCAUCGGCACCGAGACCCUGAACCUCGGCGGCAUUGGCAACCCCAUCGCCAGGAACACCGGCCUCAUCCGCAGCGCCUACCGGCCCAGCGAUGACGCCACCAUCUUCCCGUACUUCAUCCCGCCCAACGCUAUGAUGUCCGUUGAGCUGCAGAAGACUGCGAAGCUCGUCAAGGCUGCCGGUGGCCAUGACCAGCUGGCUGAGGAGCUGGAUACCCGCGGCAAGAAGCUCGCGGAGGCUGUUAAGGAGCACGGUAUCGUGAACCACAAGACCUUUGGCGAUGUCUAUGCCUACGAGGUCGAUGGAUACGGUGGUCACAACAUGAUGGAUGACGCCAAUGUCCCCUCUCUGCUCUCCCUGCCUUACCUUGGCUUCCUGGAUCAGAACGACAAGGUCUACCAGAACACCCGCAAGAUGGUUACCUCCCAGGCUGGAAACCCGUACUACCUGACCGGGUCUGCCUUCCACGGCAUCGGCGGUCCUCACAGUAAGACUUCUCCCCCUUUUCCUUCUAUAUAUUAUUGA